AUGACCCCAACCAUCGCUACGCAAGAAACCCAACAAACAUCCAAAGGUUACGACUUUGGUACUCAAGGUUCCCACAAUAUUUCCAUGGGAGGAGAGCAUCCUUACAAAAAGCCAACUUUUACCGAUAAGCUUGCUGAAAGAAAGCAUAUGCUUGAACAUGCUGCUGCUACAUUCCGCAUUUUUGCGAGAAAGGGUUACGAUGAAGGUGAAGCUGGACAUUGUUCCAUGCGUGAUCCAAUUGAUAAAGACACCUUUUGGAUUAAUCCAUUGGGUGUACAUUUCGGAUUGAUCAGAGCACAAGAUUUGGUCCAUGUUACGGAAAAGGGUGAAAUUUUGCCCGAUGGUAAUCAAGCUCCCAUCAAUGCUGCAGGCUUUGCCAUUCACUCGUCGUUACACCAAGCUAGACCGGAUGUCAAUGCUGCUUGCCACACUCACUCGGUCCACGGUAAAGCUUACUCGACUUUUGGCAAGCCAUUGGAAAUGAUUAACCAAGAUGUUUGUGUGUUUUACAACAAUCAGGCUGUAUAUGAGAGAUUUGGUGGUGUUGCCUUGGAAAAAGAUGAGGGUAAAGCUAUUGCUGAGGCUGCUGGUAAUGUUCGUUGUGUCAUUUUACAAAACCAUGGUUUAUUGACAAUGGGACUGACUAUUGACGAAGCGGCUUACCUAUUUACGUUGAUGGAUAAAUCUUGCCAAGCUCAAUUGAUGGCUGAUUCCGUUGACCAAAAGUCUAAACCCAAGCAAUUUAUCCCCGAUCAGGAAGCACACUAUAGUGCACAUGUCACCAAUGACCCGGACACUUUGUACGCAUCUUUCCAGCCGGACUACAACUUACAAAUUAAGUUGGACAACGGUGACUUUUUGUUCCCGUAG